GAUUAGCGGAAGGAACUUGUACAGGUGUGAUAUCGGUGGUCCCUUUCUCAGUUUCAGCUAUCACAUCGAAGAAUCGAGUAAAUUAUAAUGUAUUUGGUAUUGCAAAACACACAUGACACUUCGAAUGAAUAACAGGUGCGAGCUAACUAACUUAAAAUACGGGAAAGAAGUAUCUGUCAAUGACAGCGAAUCGACCAAUCGUGUCGAAGCUUACAAGAGUCUAGUUGACGUAGCAUGGUUUCUGAUUCAAACGUGAAGACACAGUCGACGAAGGUGUGAGGGGUUAUCAUUCGUCGGGAUGUCUUUAUUAAUGUGAAAAUGUGCCAUGGAUAAAACACGAAAAAUCAUAAAAUCGCCCUCUGUGAAGAGACGGAGUAGGAUCACGCCGAUCAACCAGCGGGUGACCCUUGAGAGGGUACUGGGUCUGACCUCGGCUAGUAAUGCUUCAUUUGCAUGUGACCCUAACUCCGGGACCAUUGCCUACACGGCUGGGUGUGUAGUGGUCCUUAUCAACAAAGGCAAGCAGUCACACAUACUCAACUUCUCAAAGAAAACCCUCACAUCGCUUGCAUUUUCGCCAGAUGGGAAACACAUCGUCACAGGGGAGAGCGGGCACCACCCAGCAGUCCGGGUGUGGAAUGUGGAGGAAAAAUCACAAGUUUCGGAGCUCCAUGGUCACAAGUUUGGAAUUAAUUGUGUGGCAUUCUCACCCAACCUGAAGUACCUGGUGUCUGUUGGCUCACAACAUGACAUGAUAGUUAACGUCUGGAACUGGAGGACUGCAACCAAGGUGGCCUCCAACAAAAUCUCCAGCAAAGUGAAUGCUGUAGAUUUCUCAGAGGAUGGAUCCAUGUUUGUGACUGUUGGAAACAGACAUGUGAAGUUUUGGUACCUGGACAGCAGUAAAUCAAGGAUCAAUGAGACUGUACCACUCCAGGGCCGCUCUGGGAUCCUUGGUGCACAGAAGAACAACUUCUUCUGUGAUGUUGUUUGUGGUAAAGGGAGGAUGUCAAAAAGUGUCUUCAGCAUAACACAGUCUGGACUGCUGUGUGAAUUCAACGAAAAACGACUACUAGACAAAUGGGCAGAGUUACGGACGCCCAGUGCCAGCUGUCUGUCAGCAGGAGAGGACCAUAUAUUUGUCGGCUGUGCCAAUGGUGUGGUGCGGGUGUUUAGUGGCAGGAACCUGCACUUCCUGGUUUCACUGCCCCGCCCUCACCACCUCGGUGUAGACGUAGCCUCAGUACUCAGUCCCAGUCAAAUUCUGCCAAGUAAAGAGGGUUCCAAGUUUCCGGACACGAUUGGACUGGUUUAUGAUGACGCACACAAGAAGACGACAUGUAUCUAUAAUGACCACAGUGUCUAUGUGUGGGACGUCCAUGAUGUGAAGAAGGUGGGCAUUGUGAGAUCCUUUAUGUACCACAGUUCCAGUAUUUUGGGACUAGAGGUGGCGCCCCCUGUACAGGACGGGGAAACACCAGUGCUGCCCCCUGGCACUUUUAUCACAUGCUCCACCGACGACACGAUACGUAUUUGGAAUCUUGAGAAUCAUAUGACAGAAACAAAAUGUUACAAACGCAAUGUAUUUUCAAAUGAGCUGCUGAAGAUCUGUUACAUUGAUCCCUCCAUGAUGUCUCUACGGGAUGUCGACUAUAACCCAGCUGGAGGGACAGACAAGACUGACACAAACUAUGAUGGUAAAAAUGGUAUCCGUUCUCUCUGUAUCAGCCCAGAUGGUCAGCAUCUAGCAUCAGGGGACCGGAUUGGCAAUGUGAGGAUCCAUGACCUUCAGACCAUGCAGGAAAUCCACUCUAUAGAGGCCCACAAUGGGGAGGUCCUGUGCCUCGAGUACUCACACGUCAGUACAGGUCCUAAGCUCUUGUCAUCAACCAGUCGGGACAGGCUUGUUCACGUAUUUGACCCAGAACAAAGAUAUGGACUUCUUCAGACCCUCAAUGACCACUCUGCGUCUGUAACUGCUGUCAAGUUUGUCGACACAGACAGCCAACUCAAAAUGCUUAGUUGUGGGGCGGAUAAGUCGCUGUUGUUCAGGAAUGCUCAGAUGAGUCCUGAUUUCCAGUUUUCACUGAACCAACACCUGGUAGCCAAGACCACGCUGUACGACAUGGCAGUCGACCCUACUCAGAAGUUUUUGGCAACAGCUUGCCAGGACAGAAAUAUUAGAAUCUACAACAUCAAAACAGCAAAACAGAAGAAGCACUACAAGGGCUCCCUAGGAGAUGAUGGCACACUGACCAAGGUCCAGCUUGAUCCCUCAGGGAUAUAUGCUGCCACUAGUUGUACAGACAAGAACCUGUGCAUUCUGGACUUCUGGACUGGGGAGUUGAUGGCCACCAUGUAUGGACACUCAGAGUUGGCCACCGGCAUCAAGUUCACUCAUGACCUGAAGCACUUCAUCUCUGUCUCCGGGGAUGGGUGUAUAUUUGUGUGGCGUUUGUCAGGAGAAAUGUCGAGACAGAUGCAGGACCGACUGGAAGAGCUUGGACAGUUACCUGAGGAAGCCUUAGGAAAUUCUAUGAACAGGACUGUUACCAUUGACAACCCCAAACAGAAGGAGGUUGAGUUUAAGACACCAACAAGCAUCCUAGCAGAGUUAACCCGCCAGAUGGAGGAGGUGAGGGCAGACAGUCCACCAGAAAAACCAUCCCUGGACUAUAGGUUUUCUGUAGGACAACUUCCAAGCUGGGCUAAGUCAAAGGGAGAUAAAUCCAAAGACGGCAAGAGUGGAGAGGACCAAAGUUCAAACCUGCCAAAAGGUCGCUGGGCUCAGAGGGUAGACAACAAGGGUAUCAUGGCCCAGCUGGAUGGGAAGACUGUGGAACUGGACGUUGGUACAGAUUGCAACACACGGAAAGCCGCAUUUGAUGAUGUUGAUGCUCGCCGAGAGACUAUGGUCGUUUCACAGCCAGAGAAUACACCAAGGAAAAUACCAGUCAUAUUUGAUGAUGAAAACGAUGAUGAAGAUGAAGAUGAUGAUGAUGAAGAUUUCUUUCCUUCAUUCCAUAAAAAGAAACUCUGGGAUGAGAGCCCCAGAUUUACCCGUCGUAACAGUGUAGAUGACCUGGAUGAUGACCUUGACAAAGAACCAGAGGUCAGAUACUAUCCUCCUAGUGAGGUGGACUCUGUGGAGAGCAAUGGCAGCUUCUUCACAGUAUUUGGAGGAGAAAAGGGGAAGAACUCAUCUCAAUUUUCUGGUUUAGAGAAAGGACUUGAUGCAGACUCGGAGAGUACAGACCCCAUCUCUAUGGAGGAUACCGAGGAGGACGACGACGCCAUCAGUAUACCAUCCAACCCAACCACUCCUUCUGAGGACUAUAAUCUGAGGACCCCAGACAGGUUGUCAACCAUCAUCGAGGAAAAGUUCCUGAAGGACCGUUUUGAGAAUUUGAACUUUACCCCGACCGUGUCAAUAGACAAAUUCCAGGAGAGGCUUGAUGAACUUGAAUCAAACAUCGUAGAUGACUCGCAGCCCCAGGUGCCAGGCAACUCUCGCAUCAGUAUCUCCACCCGCUUCCUGUCGCGAGCACAGCAGGCAAACAUCAAGAACAUGGUUGUGUACAACAGCAUACAGAGACAGGACAACUGGUUUGAUUUGGUUAUGAAGGGUCUGCUGAGUCUUAGACUGUACCAUUCUCUGAGGAGGGUUAAGUCUGUACAGAAAAGGAAGGAUGAGAUGGCCAGAGCUGUUGAUGAAACCAGAAAGCGUUUGCUUGCUAUGGGAUGGAAUGACAAGACUAGUCCCGAGACAGAGCAACCAGGAAAGGACAACCUGCCAUCCCCCCCAGUCAAGUUACCCACAGAGCCUGAAGCUGCUGAUAUGUUUGAGGACCUCUUACAACAAACCACACCGACCAACAAGAGCUCGUCCCCGUUAAACACCCCAUCCUCCAAUAGUGGUGUUGUUUCAUAUUACAGGGCUACCAUUUGGGACAGCCGAUCAUCAACAAGUGAGGACAGUAAUGAUCAAAAGACACCUACCAAUAAAACACACUCGUCUCCUCGGAGGUCACGUCCAUCUACUCUAACUCUAGAACGGGAAAAGAAGCGGCGGGAGAUCAGUGUGGAAGUGCCCACCAAGGGAGGAGAUAAGAAAGGGACUCCUCGGUCACAGUCUCACAGCUCUCUGUAUAGGCAGACAGAAAGCUCCAAGGCCAAGAAGUCAAUGGGAUCCUCCAACAACCUGGCUCAGCAGGACAGACCGACACCCAAACAUUCCACCAACCUCACCAAGAGCACAUCCAUGACUAACCUGAACAGUGGUGAGCGUCUCACCUUGCCUAGGUCAAAACCUCGCAUGGAGGCCAAGAAACUCUCCUCACUGUACACCUCAACGCCAAACCUGGCACAGUCAGUUGACAAGAACCACGACUGUGAUGAUGUUCCAUCAAAAUUACAAAUACGCACAGAUAUAUGUUUAUCAGACAGUGAUCUUCUGGAUGAGGAUCUACCAAAAACAUCCUCAAAGAAAGGUUCUCAUACCAGGGCCUCUACUACUUCUAAGCCUCAGACAGACGCCAAACGCAGUUCUAUUGGUGCUGGAGUCCCUAAGAAGGAGAGUGUUCGAAGCAGUAGUGCUACAAGGGCUGGCAGGUUGUCUUUGCCAGCUUCACCGGCAGUAAGUGUAGACAGUAAAACUCUGAAAAAGUCCUCUGUGCUCCGGGAUGACAAAGACCUGAUGCCCCCUCCCUCCAAGGGUGUGAUCACCAAGGGCAAACAGGACACAUUUGUUAGAAGGGCAGCUCAAUCCAAUUCCCGUAAGGGUAUGUCAGAGCUUACCCUGGCUCAGGCAAAAGACAUUUUGUUGGGGAAGUCUGGAAUCUUAGGGUCGAACUCAAGAUCCUCCUCCUCUAACAGUGCUUCCACAAUAACAACCACUUCAUCAUCUACAAAAUUGUCUCAUGCAAAGUCAACGACAAAGUCACCUAUACGCUCAACAGCAUCAUCUUCAAAAUCAUCAUCACACUCAACAGUAUCAACUGGAAAAAAAUCAUUACAUUCGUCAACAUUCCCUACGUACACAGUAGCAAGCACUAGCUCUGUGUGUGCUACAAGUAGUGCCAUGACAACUGUUUCAUCAUCAUCAUCAUCAUCAUCAUCAGUGACCAGUAGUGCAACCUCUAGUUCCUCAUCUCCAAGGUCACUACAGAAGGAAGCUGCCCACCUACAGAUAACAUCAGAGAUAGAGACAACUGCAGCUGAGAUACGCAGCAAAAACAUGAUGGAAGCUGCCUUCCAGAAUUUGUCAGUGCUGGAUGCUAGUCCUAAUGACUUACCCGAGAGGGACUGUUCACCGCAACAGCCCUCUGGGUCAUCCGCUCAUACAAAGUCUCCAACUAUGUCUGGUACCAAUGUGACACCAACUCCAAAGUGGAGAGACCUAUGUUCUGAGAAUGUGAAUGGUGAUGAUGUAACAAACAGUACCAGGGAUGUGUCUGGCUAUGUGAGUCAUUCGUCUGGGGUUGAGGAGGAAGAAGAAAGCCUGGCACACGCCUCCAGUAUCAAGGAGAGGAUAGCCAUGCUUCAUUCUCACUCCUCUCCCCAGUCUAGUCCCCGGUCCACCUCAACGGCCCAUAUCACUCUCACCCCGAAUAAAUCCCCGGGCCCAAGCGUGGCUAAAUCUGGGUCCCCUGUCAGCUCCACACUCAGUCCACGUAGUUCCUCCGGAAUAGGUUCAAGCCUUGACUCGGAUGUUGCCUCCAAACUGUUUGCUUCUCCUGGCAGUAGUCUUAGCCCUCACAGUAACUACCAUAUAGCUUAUGAUAUAUCUGACUCGGACGAGGGCUCAGAAAAGUCACCACCUCAGGAUACCACUGUACAAUCCUCUUCAUUCAGUUCAGAGCUUGACUUUGGUGGUAAAAGGUUAUCACUGAGCAAAGCACUAGAGGCAGUGUCUGGUGGCCACAGUAACAGUCGGGACUCCCCAACCUCGAUCACUUCUUUGACCUCCAGCAACCUUCCUGACUCCUCUACUCCCACCAACUUGAACUCCAACCUCCAGUCAGACUGGCCCACGUCCAGCACAAGGUCAACACCAUCAUCUAUCAUUUCCAACAGGUCAACUCUGAAUGGCUCACCUAAUGUCGCCAAUGGAUUCACACCCAUCAGUCCUCGCAAACAAGAUUACCUUCAGUUAUGUUUGGAUGCGGUAAAAGAACUUCGUCUGUCAGUAAAUAAGGUGUCAGAUCUGUAUGAUCAGGUUCAUUUGAAUAGUGACAACCAAUCUAAUGAAGCUGAAUCAGUACUUGUAGAGGCGGUCAGGGAAAACAAACAGACAUUCAUCGAUAUAUUAUCCCAAACUUGUGACAAGGAAGAUUUUUCCAGGAGUAAUACGGAGCCAGUGACUAUUCCCAGAGAGGUGUUAGAGCCAAUGCUUUCCAGCUUUGGCAAUCAACUUUUAGAACGGUUUGAGCGGUUAGUCACACAAAAACUACAGGCAGAGAAGCAGUGAAUGGUGGCCAAGGGGGAUAACUGGUGUUUUAUUAACCUGUGAACGUUGACACUAAGACAUGUUUUAUUGACGUACAAUGGCUCAGUGAACCUUAUAUUCACAAACUUGCUCACAGAGUAAAUGGCUUGUGUUUUGUGAUACAGAGAUUAACUCAUAAAAAGACUGAAAUCAAGAACUGAGAGGAAAUAUCUUUUCUCCUUCCCACUUGCCAAAAUUCUUCGUUGAUAAAUCACCUGGACCCUGUUAGCCAAAAUUCUUCGUUGAUAAAUCACCUGGACCCUGUUAUUCAUAGAAUUAGUAGCCUAUUGAGUUGUUAGCACACAUUUUUCAUCUAGUCAGUCUUUAAAAAUAUUAAAGUUCAUAGCUAGAAAUGCAUUUAUAGGAAUUCAAAAUCAUCUAAAACCAAGAAACACCAAUAAAUUAUCAUAAGAUUUUAAAUGA